AAAAUAAAGACAAUAUAUGGCAACCCUAUUAUAGUAAAACGGUUUAAACGCAUUGGAAGGCAGUCGCUUCAAUAUUUCAAAAAAUACUAUUGCAAUUAAUACUGAUAUAGAGAAGUUGAUAAAAGCAGAAGUUUUUCGUAAGCAAAUAAGAAUUAAAGACUUUUUCUUUGAUUUUGAUAGACUUAGAAAAGGUACAGUAACUGAAGAUAAGUUUCGUUCAGCAUUAUCAAUGUUAGGAAUGCAUCUAACUGAAAAAGAUAUACAAUAUUUAAUCAAUAAAUAUAAGUAGGAACCUGAUCUUGUAAAAUAUGUAGAAUUUUGUACUUAAAUAGAUGCUUAAUUUUUAGAUUAUGAACUUGCUAAAGAAAAUUUAGAAAGUACGAAGAGUGCAUCAUAAAUAUCCUAAUAAGAAUUAAAUAUUAUUUAAUAAAUCCUUUUAGAAAUAAAAUAGCAAAUUAGAACCAAAAGAAUUUUAUUAAAAUAACCAUUUUAAGAUUUUGACAGGACUAGAUGUUCUCAUAUUACAGUUGAUUAGUUUUCAAGAGUACUUACACAGUUAGGAUUAUUACCUCCAGAAAGCUUCUUUAACUUAUUAAUAAGAAGAUAUAUAGAUAAUGGAAACGUAAAAGAAGUUAAUUAUGUUAAGUUUUGUGAUGAUGUAGAUAAUGUUUCUGAAAUGUUAGAAUCUGUAGUAAAAGGAAUUAAACCUAAUGAAGUUGUUCAUGAUCCAAAUGAAGACUAUGUAGAAGACACUGCUGAUUUGAAACUUAUGAAUACUCUUUAUACAUCUAAAAAACUUAAUAUAAAAAACAAUGUCUUUGAGGACGUAAUUAAAAAAAUUUAAGCAGAAGUUGUUAUGAAACGUAUUAGGAUUAGAGAGUUUUAUAAAGAUUAUGAUCCUUUACGUAAAGGGAUAGUAUCAGAAUCUUAAGUAAAUUAAAUUUUACAUAUAAGUAAUAUUAAUAUUAGUGAAAGUGAAAUCGAAUAGCUUCUUCAUAUAUAUAAAAUUGAUAAUAUUCCAAAUGGACAUGUUAGAUAUUCUGAUUUUUGUGAAGCAGUAGAUGAAAUUUUUACUAAAAAAUAAAUUGAUAAAGAUCCAUUAUUUAAUGUAACAUAAUUUUAACCUGAAACAACAUUACCUGCUAGAAGACAUUACUUACAUUUAAAUGAACAUGAAUAACAUGAAUUAAAUAAUCUAUUGAAUUUAUAUCAUAAAGAAAUUCAAAACAAGAGAAUUUUAAUAAAACCUCAUUUUGAAGAUUUUGAUAAAACAAAAUAAGGAUAUAUUUCUAAAAAUUAAUUUUUAAGAAUUCUAAAUUAAUUUAACUUAUUCCCUCAUAAAGAAGCUUUAAAUCUAAUUUUAAAAAGAUAUACUGAUAAAGGUACCCUUGAUGAAGUUAAUUAUUACGAAUUUUGUCGAGAUGUUGAUAUUUAUGAUGAAGGUGUUAAAGUGAGUAAAGCCUAUGCCGAAUCUUUUAAAAAUUUUAAGAAGCCAGAAAAAGAGUUUUAACCUUUUAUCCAUAAUGAAGUCCCCAAUAAUAUAGAUGAUUUAAUAGCUAAAUUAAGAAAUAAAGUAAAAGAAUAAAGAAUUAGAAUUUCUGAAUUUUUAAGAGACUUUGAUAAAUUAAGAAGUGGAAAUAUUACUAAAACUUAAUUAAGAUUAGGUUUAAAUAUGGCUAAACUACCACUUUCUGAUACUGAAUUUAAUUUACUAGUUGAAAAUUUUUCUUCUCAAAAUAAAGAAGAUCAUGUGUGUUGGAGAGAUUUAUGUGAUGUUAUUGAUGAAAUUUUUAUGAAAAAACAUCUGGAGAAAAUGAAAGCAACUGAACCUGUAAUUGUACCUUCUACUGUUUAUUAAUACGGUAGAAAAAAUUUAACUUAAUAAGAAAUAGAAAUAGCAGAAUAUUUAAAAGAUAGAUUUAGUUUCUUCUGCCAAGCAACAAGAAUGGACAUAAAAUAAUUCUUCAAAGAUUGGGAUAGAAACGGAAGAAAUAAAGUAACUCCGAAACAAUUCAGAUAAGUUUUAACAACAGUUAAUUUCACAAUGUCAGAUGAAGAAUUUAAUGCAAUUGUUCGUAUGUAUGCAUCUGAAGAUGAAAAAGAUGUAAGAUAUGUUGAUUUUAUUAAAGAUACUAAAGUUUAUGAAUAAAAACUUUGGUCAGCUAAAGAAACUAAAGAUUAAAGUAAUUUCGAUAGUGAUAAUAAAAGACGAUCUGUCGAUUCUUUAGUUUUAUUAGAAGAAAUAAAAAACAAUGUAAAAAUAAAUAGAUUAAGAAUUGGAGAAUAUUUAUAAGAUUAUGAUUCUUUACGUAAAGGAAUCAUUCCUACUAAUAAGUUUAGAGGGGUUAUUUCUUAAAUGAAAAUUGAUUUAAGUGAAGAAUAAAUUAUAAAAUUAGAAAAUAUGUAUAUAUUACCUGAUUAACCUAUUAAAUUGAAUUAUGCUUAAUUUUUGGAAGAUGUUAAUAUUGUAUUUACUAAAUCUGGACUUGAAAAAGACCCUAUUACGAAACCAGUUUCUUAUGAGAAAAAAACUGUUACUGAUCCUAGAGAUGCAUUGAAUACAAAUGAAUAAGAAAAAUUGCAUCAUCUUAUGUUGCGCUUAGGAGAAGUUGUUAAAAAACAUAGAAUUAUAUUUAAAACUCAUUUCUAAGAUAAGGAUGUUGCUAAAAGCGGAAAAGUAAGCUUUACUAGAUUCAGAUCAAUAUUAGAUUUCCAUAAAUUACCUUUAACAGAUGAUUAGUAUAAAAUACUAUGCAAGAGAUUCGCUCAUUAAGGAGUUGAAUUUAAUUAUGUAGAGUUUUAUGAAGAACUUAAAAAAUAUGAAGACCUAUAUUGAAAUUUAAAUAAAAUAAAUAUAUUAAAACAUAUUAUACAAAUAAUAAAAAAAUAUUUAUUGUUAAAAAAUUUUAACAAAUAUUUAUAGAAAAAAUAUAAAUAAUUUUCAUUUUU